AUGCUCACAUGUGCUGAAAUAUCCUGCCAGGCCUCGUCACCUCGAGUCGUGAUCUCCGUCGGCGGCGGAGGGGUGGUGAGAAGGAGAGUUGAAAAAGGAGACGACGACGGCGACGGUGGUGGUGGUGGCGGCGGCGGCGGCGGAAGCCUUCGGUUCCCGAAAAUGCGGUCCGGUUCAUUGGAGUAG